AGCGGUUAGGGUUUUAGGCCGAACUCUUCAUAUUUUCUUUUUUUGAGGCGGAGAAGAAUUUUGUUUGUUCCUAGCAGCAACGCCCACUCCUUUGUUCGAAGUUGAAACUGAAACCCCAAACGCAUCUCUGAUCCUCAAAUUUCUGUCUCUCCAUCCCCGAUCUCCGAAUCGUGAAGGGAUUUAGGAUGGAUUGAAUGUUGAAGGUCGCCCUCCAUCUCUUUUAAGGUAGUCUUCUAAAUCAGAUGCUCGCUUGGGAAAAAAAGGAUUACCCCUUGUGCAUUGAAGACACUCAUCGAGUCCAUUCAAAUGUUAUGCAGCCAGGUUUAAUUCAUAUCAUGACAUUUUUGUACUUAUGUGUGCUUUUAAUACUUAAUUACUCAUCAUUUCCAAGCAGUUUGUUUUUCUUUCUGUUAUAUAUUUAUUUCCUACUCUUUGUUAAUUUUGAGAUUAAGGUUGUUGGAGAUAAAAAGUAAUCAUAGUUGUUCCAAUUCCAAAUGGUGAAUGUGUUGGGUCAAAAUUUAGGAAGCCACAUGAAAAGCAGUGGGAAAAGUUAUGAAUCAAAAUAGAGAUUUGGGAAUGAAAUUAUGCAUUAUUUUAUUUUUAGUGGAAUCUUGUUCUGCCAGAGCAGUGCGUUUUUAACAUGAUAGAGUAGAUAUCCAGAUACUUGUUAUAUUAUUGUUUUUGUAAUUUAAUUGUAUGACUUCUUGUUAAGAAAAGAAAAUUCAGCAAUUUAUUGGAGUGAAAACCAAAAUUAGGUUCUAUUUCGCAAUUCCUUCCAAGAAAUUAUCUGUACAUCUCCAGAAGCUUUUCAUGCGAUUUCCUUUUAGGUGCUUCUGAAGCAUAUGAAAGUUGUGAGAGCCUGGAUGAAACAUCUAAGAAAGGAUUGUGUUGGUUUGAAUUGAAACGUGCUGGGUUGCCACAGUGGGGUGUUGGCCAACAACAAGUUAAAUUUAUGGACCAUCAAGGACAGAGUGCUGCUCAACAGGCUUCCAGUUUCAUUGAAGAUGAAUAUGAAAAAGAUGACAAAAAGGCUGUUAAACUUGAGUAUCCUUCAUUCCCAGAAACAGGGAAGAGAAAGUGUGUCAUCUAUAACCAACUUAGCAAAGAAAAUGCCGCAAGACGGGGGAGGCAAAGCAAGCGCCACAACCCCAUGGGAAGGUGGCCUGCUGAGAGGAUUAAGGUUGCCGAGGAUUGCAUGUUAGAGAUUUUGAAGGCUGAAGGGGCUGUGUUUGGGAAUCCAAUUUCCCGGCCUGCACUGAGACAGGCAGCUCGCAAACGUAUUGGUGACACUGGGCUAUUGGACCACCUAUUGAAGCACAUUGAUGGUAAAGUAGCACCGGGUGGUACUGAGCGGUUUCGCCGGUGUUACAACACUACUGGAGUAAUGGAGUAUUGGUUGGAGAGUGCAGACCUAGUUAACAUAAGGAGGGAAGCUGGGGCAUCGGAUCCUAAUUGGGUUCCCCCAACUUGGUGGAAACCUGGUAUGGGCCCCAUUCAGGAGUCUAUGGGUGCUGGGGAAGUAAAAGUUCUUAAAGAAGAAGUAGCCAAAAUGAAGAGGGAUAUGGAGUUUCUAAUUAAGCAGCGAGAUCAAGAUCAAUCCAAUUCCAUUGAGGAGAUCCACAAAAAAUUGGUGAAAUUGGAAAGACAGACAGACCACCGCAUGAUGGGGCUUUCAAGUUCUCUGGCUAGAAUGCAGGAUAUGUACCAGGAGAUGGGAACUUGGAGGACUGGAGUUGAUCGACAGCUGAUUGAAAUUUCAAAUUCGGUGAGCAGCCUGCAGGCAUCAAAGCAAUGCACCACCUUCAGUCCGUCAGCUCCUGAAAGGUGGGAAGAUUGGUUGGAGAGCACCAACCUGGAGAAUUUUCAGGGAGAUGAUCUUGCGCCAUGGCUUGAUAGCACAGGUGUGGUUGAAUUUGGACAGGGAAAUGCAGUUCAGAAUCCAUGCUUGCCUCCUCCAACUUGGUCAAAACCUGGUGGGAGCCUCUCUCAAUUUCCCAUUUCUGCUCAAGAGCAAGAGUUGAUUAAUGAUGAUGUGGCUAAAAUGAACAGUGAUGUGUUGGAGCUAGUGCCUGUGAGGCAAGAGGAAGAUCAAGUUAAUGUGACACCAGAUUCUUCUGUUACUGGCAAUUCAAAGUUGGAUCUUGAUAGUUCAGUAAUCCUCUUUCAGGAGAUGGUCAAGGAAUUGACGAAAUGGAAAGCUAAAACUGAACAACAGCUGUUGGAGAUUUCAAGUGCAGUCAGUGCCAUACAGGCAUCAAGGCAGUAAAAUAUUUAGCUCUUCAACUUUCACAAGUGAAAUGAAAGGAAUAGGAUAGUAUUCAGUUUUUUAUUUUCUUUCCCCCUACUGCCUAACUUAUUCACCUUUAGACUAGUAGAACUUAGAUCCUGUACAGGAUUUGGAAACUGAAGCUGAGCUUCCUUCUGUUACAACCACAUUUAACCAUAACCUAUCAUAGAUGAGCUCCAAGUUCUUGAUGUGAUGCUGCUAAGAGUUAAACCUCCUUUCCAAUUGUAAAUUCUCUAGGGAUCUGCUUAAUUUAUAGUCUAUGGCCUCUGAACCAGUUUUGUCUCUAUAUAUCAUGCCAUUUGCCUAGCAAUGCA